AUGCUGGUGGUGCCGCGGGUGCGCACCAACCUGCUGGGGCGCGCGCCGCUCACUCGUGCGCUGCGCACGCUCAACGCGGUGGCUAAUGUCAUUGACAUAUUUAACUAUACACUGAGCGAGUUCACAAGGAUGAUACAGUCGGCAAACGAGCAGACGGAUUACCUGAUGGGACUAUCAAUCGUCUCUUCUUUCUGCGAAGCAGUGAUGCUUGCAAAGGAGGAGGCGGAGCGCGUGAUGGAACUAUCCUCCUCACGCCCCAACCGACGCAGUAGGCGACAUUCCGGUCGUCGGGGAUCGAGAGAUGAUCUCCGGCCACCAUUCGUGGUUUUCAUAGUAAAAGUUAUCGGCUGCAUGAUGAAAAAGCAAAAUAGAUCAACUUUUAAAAACACCCUACAUGCCCAAUACCAUAUAAACAAUUAUGAAGUGUGGGAGAGCCAUGCUUCGGCACGAAUGAGUCGGCUCGACCGGAGUGAUACCACGGCCUCACAUAAGACCGACGUGAAACAACCACAGCGUUGUGUUUCACCGUUUCGUUUUGGAGCCGGAAUUACAAGUUGCCGAUCUUUUGAGCAUCAGUGUUUUGGAGAUUUAGGGAUCGAUGAAAGAUUGGGGGAGAAGAAGGGUUCGGCGUCUGACGCGUUAAAAUCGGAUUAUCCGAACGGACGAGACGGAUAUUUCGAGAAGGUUAUCCGGGUAGAUUCAGAAUAA